AUGGGUUAUUUUGUCCCUGAGAAGAGUUUGGAUAACCUUAAAUUUUAUAAAUAUCAAAGCGAAGACAGAUCUUUACUUUCAAAUUAUAUUCUAAGACCAUAUUGGAGAAAGUUUUCUACUAUCUUCCCAUUGUGGAUGGCACCAAAUUUAAUCACAUUAUCUGGGCUAUUUUUUAUUAUUAUUAAUGUUAUUAUCACAUUAUAUUACGACCCAACACUUACGAAGGAGUCACCAAACUGGACCUAUUUUUCUUAUGGUAUUGGCUUGUUUUUAUAUCAAACUUUCGAUGCAUGUGAUGGAAUGCACGCACGUCGCACAGGUCAAUCUGGCCCAUUAGGUGAAUUAUUCGAUCAUUGUAUUGAUUCUUUAAAUACAACGUUGUCUUUGCUCCCAUUUUGGUCUAUUACUGGCAUGGGAUUUUCUUAUUCGUUAAUAUUUGCCCAAUUUUUAUGUCUUUGUAACUUUUAUAUAAGUACAUGGGAAGAAUUUCACACAAAGAAAUUGUUUUUGAGUAAAUUUUCAGGACCAGUGGAAGGUAUAAUUAUCCUUGUCAUUUGUUAUUUCAUAACUGGUGUCUGGGGUACACAAUCUGUCUGGCAUAAACCAUUAUUUACUGUUGAUGGUCUUUGCACAAUUGAAACGAUUCAUGUUAUGUUAACUUUUUCUGGGUUAGGUGUUUGUUUUAAUAUUGUCACAGCAUUACAAAAUGUAAAGGGUUACUAUGAGGAAAAUGGAAAUAAAAACAAUAAAUCAAAGGAAUCCAUUCAAUUAGAUAUCUUAGAUGCUAUUAAUGGGUUGUUGCCAUUUUUUGUUUUCUUUUUAUCUAUUUUUAUUAUCGUGAUCAUUGAACCUAAAUUUAUUAAUUUACAAUUUAUCAUUAGCAUUGGAUUGAUUAUGGCUUUCGUAGUGGGCCGUAUGAUUGUUAACAAUUUGACUUUGCAACCAUUCCCUGACAAAAACAUUCCAAUGUUUAUUCCAACCUUCCAAAUCAUAAUAUUUUUGGUCUGUAGACAUUUCUUAAACAUUGUUCCAAUGGAAGAUAUUAUCUUGGGUUUGACUUGGUUGGGUUUAGGUUUAGCUUCUGGUAUCCACUUCAUGUUCAUCAAUGAAAUUAUUUAUGAUUUCACAAAUUACUUGGACGUUUACGCUCUAUCCAUUAAACAUCCAAAGAAAAUUUAA